CCCUUUCGCUCUCCUCGGCUCUCGCCUGCUCCGUCCAUCCUUCGCUCCUCCGUUUGCCGACUUGCGUCUCGACCGACCCUCGACCAAGCACCAUCCUCGCUGCCUCUGGCCUUCCCCCCCCGUCGUCGCUGUCUGUCGAUAGCUGCCCCCCAUGGCCAGCGCCGAAUCCUCCUCCAAGGCCCUUGCCCAGGACUCGCAGCCUCUGCCGUUCAUUCCGCCUUCCCGCUACGUCCCCCAGGACAAGUACAGCAAAUGGACGUUCUUCAUUAGCGCCCUCGUCUCGGUGUUCAUUAUCGCCUUCCAGAUCUACAUCAUCGUCGUCUACUUUGGACUCAACCCCGACGACCUCGACCUAUCGUAUAGCGAUGUCACUUCCGAGAUUUUCAGGACAAUCAUCAACAGCUUCAUCAUGUACCGAGCAUGCUUCCUUAUCGCCUGCAUCUUCGGCUCCAUCAUGACAUGGAGCGCUCUGAUCUCCAAGAACAUUGUCCAGGUCAUCUCCGUUGGCAUCUACUACGUUGGCGCUGCUGCCUUUGCCAUCAUCCAAUACGUCCAGUCUCGCCAGUAUACAUUCACCUCGCUUGAUCCCAAUUCGGCCGCUGUGAGCCUGGCCGAUAUUCUCGACAAUGGAUUCCACUACUCUGGCUUCUCCAAGUUUGCCGAGGGCUUUGUCAUGUACACCAGUGUCGCCCUGACCCUCUUCCUGUUCGGCAUGUCCAACGGAAUCGCAAAUGAGAUCCGAUGGUUGCUGUACAAGCGCCUCGGUCCCCGAUUGAACUUGCGUAGAGCCUUCCUCAACUACCAGAUCUUCAUGGCCCUCAUCAAAUUCAACGCCUUCUUCCUUGUUGUCUACGGCAUCCAGGUCACCACUGCCUUCGUGCUCGACCAGACCCUUGCCGUUAAUCUGGGCUACGUUCAAUCGGCCGCCAGCCAGCAGCUGCUAUACAAGCUGCUUCUCGUCUCGAUCCCGCUCGUCCUGAUCACCAUCACCAUGGGCUUCGUCGCCGUCCACACCGACCGUGUGCUCUACCUGUGGAUCUUUGUCGUCGGAUGUGUCGGAACGGUUGCUGGCAUCAUCUUUGUGAUCAUCAGGACCAGCUCUUACCAGACUCAGGCCAACGGCAUGAACGCCUUCUUCAUCAUGCGGAUCUUCCUCUACUUCUUCUCGGGUCUGUCGCUCCUGUUGACGCUGAUCACCAUGUCCUUCGGUGUCAUCCUCUCCAAGAGCUUUGGAUCCAAGCUGGGCCAGUACCUCUACAACCCUUGGAACCCCGAAGUAGAGGAGGAGCCGUCCACCGCUCCGGACGACAUUGUUUUGGAGUAGAUCCGAGAUUCCCCUCCCCCGCUGUGUUUUUUAUCUCCUUCAAUCCAUCUCACGCCGCUCGUCUUUGCCUGUGCUCAUCACUGUCUACACCUUACACGACCAUUCCCUUCUCAAUCAUGUACUUGUGGUUGCUGUGCUUGUUUCUCCGCCUCGCCCCCAUGACAUCAGUUAGAUCCACGGCCUGCACCCUGGUCUGUCGGAACAUCCAAUUGUUUUGGUCACUCUCCUUCGCUCUCUUGCCUAGUUUUUUGUCUGACUAAAAACACGAACAAGAGCCAUCUUGCUUGCCGACUCACCGGGCCACACCCGAUACAAGUCCAACUUUCCCCGGUCGCAUCAUGCACAAUGGCGACAUGCGAUCUGACGCCGCGAUGCGACCACCAUGAUUGCGAGACUGACUCGCUGGCAUCCAUGUUCCCAUGAGGCUCGGACUGAAUUAAAUCUAUGGACAA